AUGAGACUGCCGACAAAAUCACUUUUUGACAUCCGUGGCUUAUCAAAGACCUCUUUAAACAUAGUUGAUGACCCAUUUUUUGCCACGCUGCACACUCAACGUAUACUUAAUUCUGCUACUGCUCCCGUUGAAGUAGCUCAACUUGUGCUUUUUGUUCAGAUUUGGUCCUUUGAGGAUGAGAAGUGCUUAACAGCCUUGCAAUCAUUGAAGUACAAUAUGCACCGCUUGAACAAAAAUGAAGACGCUAGUACGAAGAUCUUUUCCAGUGAAGAUUAUUAUGAAGUAGAUUUUGUUUUUUGCAACUUGUUUGGUUUUAUAAACAAUUCGGGGAGACUUGGAUAUUCAUGCUUACUGGUCAAUCCUUUGAGAGGAGAAGUUCUAGAAAUCCCAAUGAAUGACCUCGUUCCAACCGACCAUACAAACUGGGACGAUAUAAAGUGGUAUGGCAUGGGAUUUGACAGUAUAACUAGCACACAUAAGAUUGUUUGCAUUGCUCAAAGUGCAUCAUUCGGAUUCGUGUCAGCUUAUGUCUAUACAUUGGGCUCAAGAUCAUCAUCAUGGAGAGAAAUACACUCAGUUCCCCAAUGUGAGUUUACUAGGAAGAAUGUAUCUGCAUAUGGAGACAUGCAUUGGUUGAUUGAAAGUGAUGUAGAUGGAGGAAGCUCUAAUCAUAUUAUUUCUUUCGAUUUCAAGAAAGAGGAAUUUGUUUGGAUCCCUUAUCCUAAUUCGUCACAGGGUUUUAAUCAUGGUUUAUAUGCCAUGCAUUUACUUAACUUGAGAGGACGUUUGGCCAUUUUGUCAUCUGGGGAUUUUUCGCUUGAGAUAUGGGUGCUAAAAAGUUAUGAAGACAAAAAGUGGACGUUAGAUUACAAAAUUAAGAACAAAAUGUUUCCUCAUCAUGCUGGAAACGAAGUUAGAUCAAUUGACAGUUGUGGUGAAUGGGAACAUGGCAUAUUUUUCACAGAAGAAGAUCCUCCUAUGUUUUACUUUUGGGACGCAAGAUAUAAAUCCCUAAAAUACAUCAAAGCUGAAACAUUAUUCCCAAGCAUCUUCAAUUAUGAGAAUCUUUAUUAUCAUGUCUGGAAAGGGCAGUUGCGGUGUCCUCCGAAGCUGAGGAUCUUCAAUUAUACCAGAAGCCUGAUUUCCUUAAAGACAUUUGGCAAUUUAGUUAAAAGACAAGUGUGCAGGCGGCAAAUCAUGGAAACAACAAAAUCAAGGACCUGGCAUUUUAAUCUUGGAGAUUGGACUCAGUAA